AUGACAGUCGACCAGACUUUUGAGGCCCUCUUCGCGGUUCCUAUGACCUGCGAAAGCUGCGUCAAGGAUGUUUCAGACUCACUCUACAAAGUUGCUGGAAUUUCCAAGGUCGAGGCAAAUCUGAAGGACCAGCUCGUCAGAGUUGAGGGUACAGCACCGCCAUCAACCAUAGUCGCGACGAUCGAGGCUACUGGUAGGGAUGCGAUCCUGAGAGGGUCGGGAUCAUCAAAUAGCUCGGCAGUCAGUAUACUUGAGACAUAUGCCCAGUGCAAGGAGGAGCGAGACCAAGUCCCCGACCAACAAAAGAGCAGAGAGGUGAGAGGCCUCGCGCGCAUGGUCGAGGUGUCGAAGACGGUGACGCUCGUGGACCUGACGCUGCGCGGUGUCGACCCUGGUACCUACCGAGCCACCAUUCGCGAGUAUGGCAAUUUGGCCGAGGGCGCAUCCUCCACAGGGCCGGUUUGGAGGGGCGACCUCACCAGCCAGCCGGACCAGAAGGAUCAGGUGAGAGGAGAUCUCGGCACCGUCGAGAUCGGGGCGGACGGUCGUGGUAGCGUUUUCCUCGACCGGCCAUUCCAAGUGUGGGAGGUUAUCGGGCAUGCCUUCGUCGUGACACGCCAGGAUGAGACUUCGGGCAAAGCCCUGCACAACGACGAGAAUACUGUUGUUGGUGUGAUUGCGCGGAGUGCUGGAGUAUGGGACAAUGACAAGACUGUCUGCUCCUGCACUGGCAAGACGCUGUGGGAGGAGAGAAAGGACGAGGUCAAGAACGGCAUGCUAUGA